UUUUAUAUCGUCUUGCUGCAUUUGCGCUCGCUCAGACUUCAUUUCCACGAUAACAUGGCUGCGUCGUCUGAGAUUCCGAGCGCCGUGCUGGACGCCCUGCCGCUGCUCACUGUUGGUCAGCGCGUACUCCUCCCCGGUGCGCUCAUGCAGGUCUUUAUAUCACGCCCAGCCGGCGUGCGUCUCGUGACAGACCGCCUGUGGCGCAGCGACGGCGCUCAAAGCGUCUUUGUCGGCGUUCUGCCAGUCGCCAUUGCAGAUGCCACAGCCACCGCCGCCGCGCUCGGGUCCGAUCGCGAUCCUCAAGCUUCUCAAACAGCAAGCAUCCAUCAGAAGGAGAACGGCGCUCCUCGCGAUGCUGAUGCUGAUGCUGAGCGCCAGAGUCAACGGCAGCCGUCGGCGAAUUCAGCUUCCGUGUCAUCACUUCCGACGCGGAUGCCGCGGACAGCGCACGACCACGACCACGACCAGCACCCACCGAAGGGAGACAAGCCUACUGCUGCUGGUUCUGCUGGUUCUGCUGCUGGUGGGUCUGGCGGUGCCACGCGCGGUGGAUCGGACGACGACGCGAGUCGCCCAAUCGCCAAGUUCAAGGCGCCGAACGCAGACCCUGCAACGCUGACCGUGCCUGCCAUCCCGGCAGUGCCGAAACUCGAGAUCAGUGCGACGCCAGACGCGGCGUUUGCGCCACUGUCGCAGCUUGUUGGCGAGGUUGGGACGAUCGGACGCGUGGUGCGGCUCGCUCGAAUCAAGGUUGGGAGCAAAAUGGUCUACAAUCUGCUGCUCGAAGGCCAGUGUCGCUUUGGCGUUGUGGCAGUCAGAAUGGACCCGUUCAUGGUGGCGCAAGCGUGUCAGCUGGAGCUGGUCUUUACCCCGAGCCAGGGUGCGCUUCCUCCGCCGACGCCGGGUGUAGAAGCCAUGCUAUACGACUCUAUUCGCCAGCUUCUCAAGUUGCUCGCGUCCCGCGCGCCAACACUGGCAGGCUUUGACAGGAUUGUGGACCAAGUGCCCCUGGCGCGUAUCGUUGAUUUGCUGAUGGCAAACAUGGACUUGUCGUUCGUCGACCGUGUCUCCACGUUGCGGGAGUUGAAUGUUCCACUGCGCUUUGAGCGCGCUCUUGCGCUAAUCCAGCGGCAGGUCUCGAGACUGCAAACUGCCCUUGAAGUGCCAGCACCGCGCGGCUCAUUGGUUGGCCAGCUCGUCAAAAUGGCGAGGAAUGCCAAGGAUGGAAAAACCGACGACGAAGGCAACAACUCGUCAUCCACCCCGCCUUCGAUCGGAGAUGCUAACAAGGACCAAGAUGACGCCGAUGUGGAAGCUCUCGAAACUCGCAUUAAGGCGCUCAAUCUGCCCGAGGAAGUAGCGCCUGUGGUGAUGCGCGAGUUGGCCAAGCUCAAGCGUUUGCAUCCCCAAUCCUCGGAGCGUCAAGUGUACUUUUCGUAUCUGGAAGUGAUUGCAGACUUGCCAUGGAACACGUUGACGGAAGACGUCCUCGACUUGCAAAAGGCGCAAGCUGAUUUGGACCACGAUCACCAUGGUCUUGCCAAAGUGAAGAAGCGUAUUCUUGAGUGUCUUGCGGUGCGCAAACUUCGCAACGACAUGAAGGGGCCGAUUAUAUGCCUUGUGGGACCCCCUGGCGUUGGCAAGACAAGCCUCGGCAGAUCGAUCGCCUCCACUCUGGGUCGCAAAUUCCAACGCAUCGCACUCGGUGGCAUGCACGACGAGGCUGAAAUUCGCGGCCACCGAUUAACCUAUGUCGGCGCAAUGCCCGGCCGUGUCAUGCAGGCCAUUCGAAGGUCUGGAUCCAAAAAUCCCGUCCUUUUGCUGGACGAGAUUGACAAGCUAGGAAAGGAUGUUCGAGGCGACCCCGCGUCUGCAUUACUCGAGGUUUUAGAUCCCGAACAAAACUGCCAAUUCUCCGAUCACUACCUUCACGUCCCGUUCGACCUGAGCAAGGCUCUGUUUAUCUGCACCGCGAAUCGCAUGUCCAGCAUUCCUGCACCACUGCUGGACAGGAUGGAGGUCAUCGAGCUUCCAGGCUACACUCUUGACGAGAAGGCCCACAUUGCAACCCGCCACCUCAUUCCAAAGCAGCUCAAAGAGCAUGGGUUGGUUCCUCAGAAUCUCGAUAUUCCCUCAGAUAUUGUCCAGACAAUCAUUCAGCGAUACACGCGAGAGGCUGGCGUGCGCAACUUGGAACGUGAGAUUGCGGCCGUGUGCCGCGCGACAGCUGUGCGGAUUGUGCAAGCGAGCACGACCGCUCCAGCCAGCGUUGGCUCUCAUCCAGCAAGUCCCACCGAUUCUGUGCAGCCUCUAGUUGUGGACGAUGCCCUUCUCGAGGAUGUGUUGGGUGCACCCAAGUUCGACGACGAAAUUCACGAGCGAGUUUCAGUUCCCGGUGUCGCUACAGGCCUUGUGUGGACGGCCAAUGGAGGCGGCAUUCUGUUUGUUGAGGCAACAUCCAUGGGCGGGAAAGGCAGGCUCACUCUCACAGGACAGCUCGGCGACGUUAUCAAGGAGAGCGCACAAAUCGCAUUGACAUGGCUCAAGGCGCACGCGACUGCCCUGCCUCCCAACUCUCCGGCAGUUUUCCCAACCUCAGCUCAGCCUGGCACUGCGGUUGUGCGCAAUCUCCUCGAAAACACUGAUAUUCACGUGCACUUCCCCGCGGGCGCCAUUCCUAAGGACGGGCCGUCCGCCGGCAUCACUCUGGUGACGGUGAUGGUGUCUCUCAUGAGCGGCAAAGUGGUGCGGGCCGACACGGCCAUGACGGGCGAAGUCACGCUGUCAGGUCUUGUACUGCCUGUUGGUGGCAUCAAGGAGAAGGUGAUUGCCGCCCAUCGCGCGGGCAUCAAGCGGGUCAUUCUCCCGCACCGCAACAGCAAAGACCUCGCCGAGAUUCCGGCCACGGUGAAGAGCUCGCUGGACAUUGUCCUGGUCAAGACAGUGCAAGAAGUGCUGGACGCCGCCUUCGACGGAGGCUCACCCCUCGUUGGGGUGUUUUCCUCCCGGUUGUAAUUCCAUGUUCUUGCUAAGGGGCUCGGGUGUUGCUUCUACGAGUGCUUUGUUGUGAAUAGUUACAAAGGGUUUUUUGUUUUGGCGUUUCGGCUGCAUUCCAA